AUGCCACGAUGCAACAUGGAGGACCUUGCAACCACGACAGGACUUGCCGCCAAAAUUGUUUUGAUUGUCAACUCGCACAAUGUAUCUUUAACCAAUGCGUUUGCUCACAGUGUUUCUUCCCUCCUCCACAAAAAGCAUUACAUAUUAGUGGAGAAGCAAAGGAUGCAACAACGAUGCAACAUGGAGGAUCUUGCACCGACGACAGCACUUGCCACAACAAUUGUUCUGACUUCUCCUGUGAUCGCUGCCGUCGUGGUCGCCGGCACUGUCCACCACGUGGCAUUCUUUGAUUCGAAGCCAGCGGAGGACUAA